AUGAAAAUUUUAUACAAUCGUCGAUUUCCGCGCCAACCCUUAGGUGCGCUGGCAGUUGAGUUAAAUCCAACACGAACAACUUUUUUUUUCUCAGAACUACCCCGCUCCUGCAGUGACGUCCCGUCCAAAGUUUCAGGCCCGUACCGACUGGACGUUUCGCGUGGCUUCCGGGAACCGUUCGAGGUGUACUGCGAGCAGCAGUUCGAAAACGGUGGCUGGUUGGUGUUUCAAAACCGCUUCGACGGUGGUGUUGACUUUUAUCGGUCCUGGGACGAGUACCGGCACGGAUUUGGCACGCUGGAUGGCGAGUUUUGGCUGGGGCUGGAGAAGCUACAUCAGAUUACGUACUCCGCUCCCCACGAGCUGGCCGUGGUGAUGGAGGAUUUUGCCGGGGAGGUGGCCAUCGCCCGCUACUCCAGCUUUGCCGUCGGUGGCGAAGCCGAGCAGUACAGUUUGGCCAGGCUGGGCACGUUCAGCGGCAGCGGCAACGAUAGCCUGACUUACCACAAGGGUGGCCGAUUUUCGACGUUCGACCGGGACAACGACGAGCACUCGACGAAUUGUGCCGCCGAGUAUAUCGGAGCCUGGUGGUACAAGGCCUGUCAUCACAGCAAUUUAAAUUCCAGAUAUCUCCCGGGGGGGUUGAACGCCGUGGCCAAUCGAAUUAUUGUGUGGCGCCUCUGGAAGGGUGAUUUGCAUGCUUUGAAGAGAACGCGAAUGAUGAUUAGGAAAAUCGCGGGGGCGACCACGACGACGGCUGGGAAAUAAUUUAUUCAGGGGCAGGCGAUUAAAUUGGAAGAUGCUUGAAUAAACAUAGAUUCGAUUUGCAAA